CACCCACGCGGCUACCUUAAAAUCAAAUCAAUCAAUGAAAACCGAUGCCGACAGAAUCGUGUUCCUGUUGGAAGUUGAAUGGUUACCUCUCCCACCGAAACGCCGUCGUCGUCGUCUAUCCUCCUCCGUGUUCGGGGACUACGACUCUCAAUUCUGACACGUAUAAUAAAUCCUUAAAAACAACUCUCAACUCUCGUCUCUCUCAUAAGUACAACAACAAACGCACAACACCACUUAUUGCUACCUUUUUAGAUCGUAAAAAAACUGUGUUAAGUGCUAGCUGCACCAUGGGUUCUACAAAUGAAUCAGCAAGUGCACAAGAGAAGCAACCUCUUUUUUCUUUUGGGAUUAUCUCUGACGUUCAGUAUGCUGAUAUUCCUGAUGGUCGCUCAUUUAUUGGGGUUCCUCGUUAUUAUCGACAUAGCAUUCUUGUGUUACAAAGGGCAGUCCAAAAUUGGAACCAUCACAAGAAGCUGAAAUUCGUGAUCAAUUUGGGGGACAUUGUUGAUGGGUUUUGUCCCAAAGACCAAUCUUUAAAUGCUGUGAAGAAAGUUGUUAAUGAAUUUGAUAAAUUCAAUGGCCCUGUCUAUCACUUGAUUGGCAAUCACUGCCUCUACAAUCUUCCUCGCAAACAGUUACUUCCAUUAUUGAAGAUUCCAGGUGUUGAUGAUCAUGCCUAUUUUGAUUUUUCACCAAUUCCAGAGUACAGAUUUGUUGUACUGGAUGGCUACGAUGUCAGUGCCAUUGGCUGGCCUCAAGAUCAUCCAAAAACAUUGGAAGCAUUAAAUUUUCUUCGUGAAAAGAACCCAAAUUCCGAGAAGAACAGCCCAUCAGGACUAGUGGGCCUCGAGAGGAGGUUCCUUAUGUUCAAUGGAGCAGUUGGGAAAGAACAAUUAGAAUGGUUAGAUGGUGUACUUCAGGAAGCAUCAAACUUAAAACAGAAAGUAGUGAUCUGUUGCCAUCUACCUCUAGAUCCCGGUACAUCGUCCCCAGAAGCACUUCUUUGGAAUUAUGAUCAAGUAAUGGAUGUGAUACACGCAUACAAUUGUGUAAAGCUUUGCCUAGCUGGACAUGAUCACAAAGGUGGGUACUCAAUUGACUCCCAUGGAAUACACCACAGAACCCUUGAAGCUGCCCUAGAAUGCCCUUCAGGCAGGGAUGCAUUUGGUUAUGUGGAUGUCUAUGAUGACAGGUUAUCACUUGUUGGUACCGAUAGAAUGCAAAGCACUGACAUGUGUUUCAAGCUGCAAGCAAAUUGCUGAAAAUAAUGGUUUUAAGGAACAAGGAACCCUGUUACUCAUUUGUUAAAAAUGAUGGUAGAAUGUACAUACAUAUUACAUAAUCUCCAGAACAAUAUAUGAUGAAGCAUUGAAAGGGUUCCAAAAUUUAACUGAGUUUCCUUGCAAUAUUUGGGAGAGUCAGCAAAUUCUUUGUGCUCUAGUUCUUUCUUCUGGUGAAGAGGCCAGGAUGCAACAUGCAAAAAUAUCUACAUCUCAUUACCAUGCUACCCUGCAUUUGCUUUCUGUUAGAUCUUCUUCAAUUCUAAGAUCCUUUGUAUUCGCAUGCAAUACUCUGUGUUAUUGUCACUUACAAGCACCUCUGAAACACAAGCCAUGCAUGUUUGAUGUUCCUUUUGAGAAAUGCUAAAAUAAAAUUCUUUUGGGGGGUA